UGAAGAAGGCUGAAGCCAGAGCCAGAGGUAGGAACACGGACAGUGUGGUCCUGCUCAUGUAAACAUGGCUGAGUUUGGGGCCCAUAUUACCAUCACAGCAAGGAACCGUCCCUCAAUAUUCGAUGUCGUGGCCCAAGAUGGUCUUAUGUCCACCCUACAGCCAGCUGUGAAACAUGUUCUGAAGGUGAUAGCAGAAAGCAAUCCUGAGAAAUAUGGAUGGUGUCUGAAGUAUAGCAGUGAAUUAUUUGUAGCAUUUAAUCUUGUUAUACAACAUCACUACUUAUCUAAUUAUGGAGCAUCAUUUGCUGAAAAUUUUUAUGAUCUGAAGAGAGUCCCUCUGAAGACAGAAAGGCACCUAAAACCACUAACUCUGUCAAAUACUGCAUACUUGAAGUCACUAUCAACAAUUGUAGCUUUUCCAUAUUUUUGGAGUCAAAUGGACAGCAUUUAUCAAGAUGUGCAAGAUAAGGAUGCUGAUGGUAGACUUUCAGAUAAGGGAUGGAUAAAUGACUUGCAGAAGCUGUUGCUGAAACUGUGGCCUUUUGUGCAUUUCUCAUGGGAGCUCCUAACACUUACAUUUUAUAUCAGAUAUUUAAUAGGGAAGAGUCGAUUUCAUAGUCCUUUAUUGCUACUUUGUGGAGUUCGUCUUGAAAACCUUGACAAGGAAGACUAUGAAAUCAUUGAUAUGAGAACAGAAAAAUUGCUUUCCUUCAGAAGUAUAAGAGGCCUACAAGAUCUUGGUCAGUGGCUAAUUGAAAGAAUUGGUUCUUCCUUGAUGAACUCUUUAGAAGUUGGGGCUUUCUUCCUCCAGUUUCUUGAUUGGUUUUAUUCAAGUAGUAACACUCCAAGAUCCCUCAUAACACAGCCCAUCCCACCACCACCUCAGACUGUGGGAGUACAAAAGAUUGGUGGCUUGAAGACUGAAGAUUGUCCAAUAUGCCUGAAGACAAGAAGGCAAGAUACUGUUCUGUCUGUUUCAGGGUAUGUGUUCUGUUAUAGCUGCAUCUUGCCUUUUGUGAGACGGGAAGGCAAGUGCCCCGUCACGGAUUAUCCGGCAUCUACUACUCAGCUCAUCCGAAUAUACCAAGAACUGUGAUUCUUUUUGUUUUGUACAAUUGUAAUUUUAUAUAUUAUUUAGGACAGUGUUAUACUUAUUUUAAGGAGAUAAUUUUCCAGAAUGGAUUAAACAAAAAAUAUUUAUAAAAUGAUCAUAAAAUAUUAUAUUCAUUAAAUCUUUUAAAAUACUAUGUUCAUAAAAUAUUAUAUUAAUAAAAUAAUAAAUGGCUAUAUUUUGUAAGACAAAAUAAAAAAAUCUGAAAUUGU